CGCCUGUUCGCUUCAAGAUGCGAGAUUGAGUGGCUCUCACUCUGUGUAAGGGCGGCAUGAUGGCAAGUGACUCUCGCAACUGCACCAGGCUAACUGUAGUACUCGAUCAGGUCGCGGGACCCGUCGGCUGCUAACCAUGUUGUGGCUUCGUCCGCACGCUGGCAGCGGAUUCGCGCCCAUCGUCAUGAUACCCAAUGACGGGCUCGCUAGGUAGCUGCUAACGUUCGAGAACGCGGUUCGACCGCUGUGCCCUCAAUCGUCGCAGAGCGCUGCGAUGUCUUAAGUAGGCACGCCCUCUGCUGAUCCUCGCCCUCACUCCCCCUGCCACCUCCUCGCUCAUUCAUCCAAUCCUACCACCAUGAAGCUCUCAUCGGCACCAAUUCUGAUCGCCAUCUUCAUGGCUGCGACUGCAGCCGCGAGGCCUGCUCCGCUCGAAGCUCGAGGCGGCGACAAGCAUCACCCUGCGCCCUCUCCUCAUCCUCACCCGCACCCUCACCCCGAGGUGAACCAUCCUCACCCUCACCCCGAUGUGAAUCAUCCUCACCCUCACCCCGAGCCGCACCACCCGCAUCCUCACCCUGAGCCUCUGCAUCCUUCUCAUCCGCAGGCUAGAGGGCACCCGGCUGAGGCCCAUCCUCAUGCUCAUCCCGAUCAUCCCGCUUCGCACCCGCACCCUAAGAAGGAACAUCCGCAUCCGCAAGCUCAUCCCCAGCCCGAUUCUAAGCACCCUCAAUCCCACCCAAAGGGAGAGAAGCCCAAGAAUCAGCACCCUCAUCCUCACCCUGCUGCGAAGCAUCCUCACCCCAAAGAUCACCCUGCUCCAGCCCAUCCUCACCCUCAUCCUCAUCCUCACCCGCACCCCCAUCCCGACCCUCACCCUCACCCGAGCUCGACCUCUCCAACUUCUUCCGGACCUACCACUGAGCCCACCCCGGCCCCAGCACCGAGCCCGCCUACCUCUGGCCAGUUCUCCUACAUCGAGGUCGACAGCACUAAGCCGGCUCAAUUGUUGGGUGACAACGUCGAGAGCGACGGUCUCUUUUCGGACUCGUCUUUCGUCCACGUCGUCAGCAGUGGUCAGAUUUGGACGCUGACCAGCGAGAUGAAGCUGCUGUCGCCCAAUGGUCGUAUCCUCUACAGCGGUGGUGAAGGAGGCAUCUCAUCGGUCAAGCCCGAAGACUCUGCGACCAUGGACCCAUCCGCGGCGCCUUAUAUUUGCACAGUCAAUGAGGCCUCGUACAGAGGGCUCGCCAUCCUCGACUGCACCGCCACGACGCCUACAGGUAAUGCCGACUCUUUUGUGGUCUGCAACGAUGGCCAAGUCCAGGGAAGUGAGGACCUGUGCAAUGCCUUCUUUGGCGGCGUGCAGACAACUUUCACUCAAUUCACCCUCACCGCGUCCUGAAACUGGUAGAGAUGCUCGCCAUCACUCACGGACAAUCGCUGCCGUAGUCUUCAACUUCCUCCGU